CUGGGUUCGCGGUUAUCAAUUAUAUUUCGGGUGGUGUGGAGGACUGGCGUCGAGAGAAAGCGCUGAUAGAGUCGAGCCGGGUGGCAGAACGGUUUACCAAGGUAAGCUAAGGCUAUGCUAGUACAAGUAUAACUUAAUUGUGCUUAGACUGCACACGGGACGUUGACCAUUGACCAUCUUGCAAACCUUACUCCGACUUCAAUCCACCAAGCAAUCUUUCAUUCUCCACUCGUAAUACGAGAACCAACUGAUAUCGCGCCCAAGCUGGAACCAAUGCUACGGUCGUUUACCGAGAGCUAUCCCCCGCACAGUGCUGUGCCGGUGCAGAAGACGGGGAGUAUGUUUUCUGGGCUCAGUUUGUUGAGGAGGAAAGGGAGGAAGGGCAGCCACAGCAUCGAUGAUGAUCUCCCGCCGCCAAUCCCGCCCAAAGAUAAGCCCCCACCGCCCAACUACCGAUUCCACCUCCCACAGACACAAAGUUACUCCCUCGGCGUCGCCUCCCGCUCACGGAUCGAUAUGCCGGAACGACGGAGGAGCGUAUCCGAGUUUGCCAUCAUCUCACACCACGACCAUUCCUGCUCCGAGUCUGAUGAAUCGUCAGUCAUGGUCGAGCGGCCGGCGAGUCCCAUCGUACAAAUGCCACUUGCGGGAAAGUGGAACCCUGCAGAGACGACAGUGAUUGCGGACCCUGCUGAGCGGGCGCGCAGGAGGCUGGUGGCACGGAGGCAGCGGGAGGAGGAGGAGGCAGAUGCGGCGCGGGAGGAGGAGCAGCGGCAGGCGGAGAUACGUCGGGCCAAGGAGGAGCAGAGGCGCGUGGAGGAGCAGGAGGAAAGGGAGCGGCGUGCGAGGAUUGAGCGGGAUAUGCGCAUGAGCACAUUGGCGAGACGGCGCAAGAAGGAGGCGGAAGAGCGGGCCGAGGAGGAGAAGAAGCGCGAGUUGGCGGAGAGGCGCGUACGGGAAAGGGAGAAAAGGGUCGAGGAGCAUCGCCGUCUGGAGCAGUGGCGGACUGAACAGACGAGGAUCAAGGAGGAGGGGCUCAGGAGAGAAGAAGCAGAGAGGAUCAAGGAGCGGGACGAACGCAACAAGAGGGUCGAGCAGAUGGCGGCCCGAGUAAAGCGGGACAACACCAUGCUCACCGGCUGGGCUACCAUCCAGAUCAACGACUCCCUUGUCUGGCGAAGAAGGUACUACAAGUUUAUCGGUGAUACCAUGUUUUUCUACCGCAGUCCCAAGGACAUGAACCAGGUCAUUGAUCAGAUCCAAGUACGCGGAAGGCUCAAUGGACUAAAAGAAUGGAACGACGGAUACGAAGAACUCAAAGCUAUACCCAACUCUUUUGCCAUCGAAUUCAAGGACCAACGUGGGCCCUGUGCGAUGUUUUGUGAUACCGAGGAAGAAAAGGACAAACUGUUGGGUGUUUUGCAUUAUACGGCAGGACUGUGAUUGCUUGUCGUUUCUUAUCAUCUAUAUACCUCAUACCUAUGCACUGUAUAUCAUCAUCGCUCUCUCUUAUAUGACAUUCCUCUGCACUGAUUGCAAAGACAACAACCAUACAGGGAAGGAAGCAAAAGGUAAUCACUGCUGGGGCUAGGGCUAGUAGGUUUUUAGCAUGGAAAAAGAUGAGAAAAUGUUGUGACUUUUUUCUGGACAUUUUUGUAUGAUGUAUAUCAUCAGCUCUCUCCUUAUCCGAACUUGUCUGUUCGUCAGAUGUACAGAUUUCUCGUAAAUUCACUUUAUUUAAA